CGGGCCCGCCGCCGCCAGUCCGCGCCCGCGCACCGCUCGCCACGCGCGUCCCACCCACCAACCACAACAAAACAUGAACCUUUAACCAACCAAUCAGCGUUUAUUUAAUUCAAAAAACUAAACAGCAAAAUUCGGAAACCGCGUUCUAAAUUCAAACCGCCGAAAUUUAAGUCUGGCGCGCGAAAAAAAAUGUUAUGAAAGUGAAGUUUGCAGAGCAGUGACCGACGCAAGAUGGUGAGCGAAAAGUGGAAAGUGAUAUUGGUGUUGUGCGCGGCGGCGGCGGCGGAGCGCCCGGGCCGCGCGCUCAGCGUGCACCAGCCGCGCCGCAGUGCCCCCAUGUUCGUGCCCCGCCGGCGACCGCACUCCAGGGUCCUAUUCCUCGACGAUGAAGAAAACCGACAGCCGUACGGCCGCGGGGAAAUAGACCUAACCCAAAGCUACGGAAAGAUAAAAUUCGAUGACUCCACAGAUUACGACUUCACGUCACCCGAAGACACUACUGAGCCGACAAAACAUGUGGAGUUGGAUAAAGAACUGACGUCGGGUAACGAAAGGUUCUACGAGCCGUUAGGCCCGAGAAUACGGAAUCAAUAUCCACCAAUCAUACCGCAGUUUUACACGCAGGGAAGGUUCGCUAGACCUUAUGCGCCUAAUUUUGGGUUCGACCCGUAUUACGUUCCCGGGAACUCUUUCGCUCCAGCUGUGAGGAAUAGCUUCUACAACCCAAAUCAGGGUUGGAAGGCGCGUAGUCCGAGAGUGGUCUUCCCUUUCCAAGACCCUGGAGUGAACUCGUUAGUCCAGACUAAUUCCCACGGAGGGCCGGGAGGGUUCAAUGAUAAUGUCGUGUUUCGGGAUCAGAACUUUGGACUGAACGACGUGGGGACAGAUGACCUGGCUCUGCAGGACAUUGGAACUGGAAAUGCUGAGGCGUUUGCGGAACGAGAUGCCAACGUACCACAUCGCGCUCGAAACGACGAAACAAAACGAAUGGACCAAAGUACAAAUAUACAGUACAAAAUAUACAAAUAUACACAUACACCGAUAGACAAACGAAUCCAAUCCAAGCCCAUGUUCAUACAGACAGAUGGAGCUAAAAUCCUUCCACCCGACCUCAAAUAUAAUUACUACGAAUAUACAAAUAUAAGUAAAGGCUUCGGCGGUCAAGAGGCAGUGCUGCCGAAGUUUAAGCCAAUCACUGACGAGCAAAUGAUGAGGAUCUCAGAGAUUCUCAACCAACUGCCGAAGAGAAGUACAAACGAGAAACAAAUUAGUUCAAAAACCGGCCGCAGAGGCAAAGUAUUAGCAGACAGCGCUGGCGUCGAGAGCCAAAGCAUAGAGGUCGUCACAGAAGCGAUAGUGAAAAAAGACACGGAUAGACAAGAUGAAACCUGUGCACAAGGGGGCACGUGUGAGUUCUUUAUCUACUGCUGGAUGGUCGGAGGGUUGCUUGAAGGCACUUGCGGAGGAUUGCUAAAAGGAUGCUGUCACAGAGUAGCUAAAGCGGGCAUACUCGGCGUACAGGAUUCGAAUAGCAUAGAUUACACUUCGAACGAACUGAACUUUGGACCCGUAAUCAAUGAUCAGAGUUGUGGCAUUGCAGUGAACAAGCAGACAGCUCAACGAAGAAUAGUUGGAGGUGAUGACGCGGGCUUCGGCACUUUCCCGUGGCAGGCCUACAUCCGAAUAGGAUCCUCCAGAUGCAACAUGCUUAUGUCCAUAUUCGAGCUUAUUGGUUGGAAGCAGUGUUGGAUAGAGAGAUGCGGUGGUUCUUUGAUCUCGCGUCGCCACGUCGUGACAGCUGGCCAUUGCGUGGCCAGGGCCCAGCCUAGACACGUCCGCGUCACACUAGGAGACUAUGUCAUCAAUUCUGCAGCUGAACCGCUACCAGCGUAUACCUUCGGAGUCCGAGGGAUCAAGGUCCACCCUCUCUUCAAGUUCACACCGCAAGCAGAUCGGUUUGAUGUGGCCGUGUUGACCUUGGAUAGGAAUGUGCAUUAUAUGCCGCAUAUUGCUCCAAUCUGCCUGCCGGAGCGCGGGUCAGACUUCCUCGGGCAGUACGGCUGGGCGGCCGGCUGGGGAGCCCUGAGCCCGGGCUCCCGGCUGCGGCCGCGGACUCUGCAGGCCGUGGAUGUGCCUGUGUUGGAUAAUAGGGUGUGCGAGCGGUGGCACCGGGCGAACGGUAUAAACGUAGUGAUCUACCCAGAAAUGCUGUGCGCCGGGUACCGAGGCGGCGGCAAAGACAGCUGUCAGGGCGACAGCGGAGGGCCCCUGAUGCUGGAGAGAGCCGGAAGGUGGUACCUCAUUGGCGUAGUAUCAGCCGGAUACUCCUGUGCCAGCCGCGGCCAGCCAGGCAUCUACCAUAGAGUAGCUCACACUGUCGACUGGAUCUCACACGCAACCACGCAGUCAUAGCACGAAGAUCCAACCACCGUGGAGGCCAAAGCUCGCGUAUUUAAAUCCGCAAGGAGGAAAUAAUGUUUGACGCUGCAGGUCUGGAACUCUUUGGUCGUUUCGUUUUAAAAAAAGAACGGAAAAGUUUCAACACGGUAUUGGAUUGAAUUUGGAAUUCGCUCUGACCAAGCAGGAUUUGAGUGCGGUCUUUAUUGAUUCGUUUUGCAAAAGCUGUAUUUCACCAAUUUUUGUUUGUUGUUUUAAUUCAGGAAAUGGUAAAAUAAGUUUUAUAGCCCAGAGGCUUUCAUUGACUUGACAACCCCCUGAGAAGGGAGAGGGAAUAAACUGUGUGAUUUUUUAAAAGUCUUGUCUGUCACUUUAUCAGUUAAAUGACAAAUAAAAACGUGCAAUUUUACAUGUACUUUGUCCAAAAUGUGAUAGAAACAUAAUAUUAUUUACUUGGAAAUGACGUAAUAAUUUAAUUAAAAUAUUGUAAUUCCUAGUGCCUAUAGCAUUUUGUAAAUAACUCUAAAAGAGGAUAUUAUUUGUACAUAGUGUACCUACCAGUAAAAUAAUUAUUGAAUACCAACAACUGUAUUUUUAGAUUGUAAUUAAUGAUAUUUUUACCAUCACAACAACUGUACAUACCAUUUUUACACUUAAAUUAAAUUAAAUUCGCUUUAAAUUAUGAUAAUUUAUAAAUUAUGUAAUUGACAUCAUCUUUAAUUUAUUUCUUUAUUAUUUUAGCUGUAAGUCAAGAGUUGAAACAAAAAUAUUGUUUUAACGCACUAUUUAAUUGAGAUUAAGUUAAUACACUUUGUAUUGUUUUACAAACUAAUGUUGUUUCACUUAAAUUAUGCAUUCAUCAUCCACCAUUUUGAAUUGUCAAUUUUCCAUUGUC